UUGGGAUUCAUGCAUGAAAAAAUGGCAGUUCGAUGGUGAACUACAAACUGCCUUUCAUCAGGGAAUUGGUGUGCGGCCUCCCAUCACAUGUAUGGAGUUGCCAAAGUUAUCGGCAUUCAGGAAGAAUUGAGCAUUUUGAUCAAACUUUUUCGUACGAAGUAAAACUGUUUGAUAGCAGUUUGAUUCUGCUCAGUAUCCGAUUCCCUCGAAAGUGGUUGGCAUUCAUGAGCAUGGGGGAUCUAUCCUUGGGACAGGCUUCAAUGCAGCUGACACCGGGGCCAUAAUUGACUGCAUUCAGUAGCGGGAGAGAUACCCCAGGAGGCCGAACCACCUCGCUCUCUUCUGCUUCAGGAAGGAAGAGACGAAGGGCCUGACUGCAUAAGCGGACAUAGACGGAUGGCUGCACACGAACAACAUGACCAUGUUUAAGUUCCCAUGCUACCCCCAAUAAUAUACUGUCCCCCUCAGCUGCUUCCCCCAUGUGGCGCUCAAGCAGAGCGCAGACUUUCUCUCUCCCCUUAUUUUAUUUUAUUAGUUUAUCUCAAGGAAGGAAAUAAAGAAAGAGGGGUCGCACCACACAUACACCAGUACAAUCGACGAAGGCGACAACGCAUUGCUGCUUGGUCAUAUGCUUUAAUGAAUAGUCGACCAAACUUCCGUAAGUUUGGACCUCAUUCACCAAUUAUUUUAACCCGUUGCUCUUGAUGAGUUCUCCGUCUCUACUGUAGUCUCUACUGUGACCAGUAUUUGCAGCAAUGAUUUGGCAGGGCUGGGAGCUCCGCUUGCUUUCCGGUUGAUCCACCCCAUUGGUUUCUGUCAUGGUGGUGGUGGUGCAUAUUCUCCCAAAGUGUGGCUUCCCCAGAGUGCGUUUUUGUAUGAGGAGGAGUAUUUAGAUGUUGUUGUCUGUCUCUGGUCUAGCAACAUCGGUUGCCUCUUGUCACUGGAGACAGAGUUCUUUCUUGUUUUUUCUCUCUCUCUCUUCAAAACUCCUUUAUUUGGCCCUUGUGAGUGAGAGGGAACACUUAUUAUCUCUGCAAAUAUAUUACUCUAUGGUCGCAUUGAUACUCACGUUCAAUGAGUUCCCACUUCGAUCUUUCUUCAAGUUUCUCAGCUCAGGGUGUAGAUUUGUGAGAACCACUUUAUCAGGCAUAAGAAGAGUGCCCUUUUCUGGCCCCGACACGUCUCAAAAUCCAGUUGCUUCUGCUUUCCUAAAUAGGUGGUGUCUCUGGCCUUCCGUUAAACGAUAAGCCUUUUUUUCACUUUCGGGCCAACUUCAGAUUCAGGCCGAGAGGCGAAAUAGUUUUGGACACUGGGUGUUGCCGGGAAAAAGAGUCUAUCAUCAAGUUUUUCUUCUUUGGCUGGUAAACCAAACCAAGUUUUUCUGCGUCUCCUUUUCAUCAUUGUCUGUUGAGCACGCGUCAAGCACUGGAGCUGGCAGCUGGAUUUUGCUUAUCUUCUAUUUGAGGUGCUACAAAGGCAAACAAGAAACAAAGGAAGGGAAGCCAGGAAUGGCAGAUCUAUUGCACCAUUUUUAGAUUGUAAUUUUUGUUCCUUGACAAAAGAGAAAGAAUCACGUUCGAUAUGUGUUCCGAUAUGGAUCCUGGACUUCAAAGCCAACAAGAAGUGCCAGCAAACAAGCUCCGGAGGCAACUUGGUGCUGCUGUUCAAAGCCUUCAGUGGAGCUAUGCCAUCUUCUGGUCAUUUUCUAGUGAGAAAGGGAUCUUGGAGUGGGGUGAUGGGUUCUACAAUGGGGAUAUAAAGACUAGGAAAACGGUGUCAACAAUGGAGCUUAGUGCUGAACAGAUGGGUUUGCAGAGGAGUCGGCAGCUCAGAGAUUUGUAUGAGGUGCUGUCAGUGGGCGAUGGCAACCAGCAGUCAAAAAGGCCUUGUGCUUCAUUAUCUCCUGAAGAUCUUACCGAUACAGAGUGGUUCUACAUGGUCUGCAUGUCCUUCGUUUUCACCCCCGGCCAAGGGAUGCCGGGGAGAACAUGUGCAGCAUGUCAUCACAUCUGGCUGUGUGAUGCCCAUUAUGCUGAUAGCAAAGAAUUUACUCGCUCACUUUUAGCAAAGAGUGCUGGAAUUCAGACUGUUGUAUGCUUUCCUCACGUGGAUGGUGUUUUGGAAUUUGGAGUGAAUGAGCUGGUGGCAGAGGAUCCUUCACUUGUUCAACACAUACUGACAUUCUUCCCAGAAGUGUCCAAACCUGCUUGCUCAGAGCAAUCUACAUUCAGUCCUCAGAAGUCCAAUGAUGAUGAUGAUGAUCGGGAUAUCACAAACCUUGAUUCUGAACAAGCUCCUUCCACUGAGAAAGUUGGUCAAGUGGUUGAAUGCGAACAAUUAGCUGAGGACCACAUUGUUUCUUUCAACUCUAAUGCCCUGAAAGAAAGGACUGACUUUGAGCAUAACGUGGCAAAUGAAUCACACAUUGUCACACGGGAGGUGGCUUCCCCAGGUAACAGCUCAAAUGAGAAUGGCCCGCAUCAGCAGCUUGAUGACUCAUUCAUGCUGGAUGAUUUGACAGAUACAUGUCAAGUUCACCAUUGGCAGCAUGUUGAUGAAGAAACUAGUGAGGGAGCACGUGGUUCUAUUAACUCAAGUGAUUGCAUUUCACAAUCAUUUAUAAACAAUGAAAAGCUUUCAAAUUCUAUUCAUAAUGAAAAAUUGCACCAGUAUAUGCAUCAACUGCAGGAGUGUACUCAUAGCAAGUUCAACUCAGACACUGAUGGGAAUGGUAACUCUCACUAUUCACGAACACUGUCAACUAUUCUGCAUAAUUCUCUAGGGCUGAAGCAUGUGGAUACUUCACGUGGUUUCUCCUUUGAAAGUUCCUUCUCCAAUGGACAUAGUGAAACUGGUUUCUCAAGAUGGAGGAAAGGUGUAAGCUGCCAAUUGCAGCUGAUUGACAUGCCGCAAAGGUUAUUGAAGAAAGCACUUUUUGAAGUCGCUUCACUGCAUCAUAAACACUCCUUGAAUCAGGAAAAAUGUCAUAGUGAAGAUGAUUUACACAGGGUUGAAAAUCUUGAUGGUGGUCACAUUUUAUCAGAAGAAAGAAGAAGAGAAAAAUUAAAUGAACAAUUUAUUGUCUUAAGAUCAUUUGUUCCUUCAAUCGAUAAGUUUUUGCAGCUUGAUAAAGCAUCACUCCUCGGUGAUACGAUAGAAUACUUGAAAGAGCUUGAAAGAAAGGUAGAAGAAUUGGAAACUUUCAAAGAGUUGGUUGGACGAAAGAGAUACCCUGAUGUAGCUGAGAGAACAUCUGACAAUUAUGCCAACACAAUGGCUAGCAAGAAGCAUUGCAGAGCUGAAAGAAAUGCAUCCACUUGUAAUGAACCUAAGUCUGAGAUCCAAUGGGUACUUUGCAAGGAUGGCAUAACAGAUGUCAUGGUCACUGUCACAGAGGCGGAUGUUGCUGUUGAGAUUCAAUGCCCGUGGAGGGAGUCUUUGCUUCUUGAAAUUGUACAGGCUAUGAAUGAACUUCAGCUAGAUUCUCAAUCUGUUGAAUCGUCUAUAGUUGAUAGCAUUUUUAAACUGUCACUAAGAGCUAAGGUUAAGAAAGCAACAGCAACAGCUAUGGAGGACAUUAAAAAUGCAGUUCAGAGAAUUAUCAACAAGUGCUGAUGGUCAUAGCUCCCGAUCGUUGUCCCUCUCUUCUGUAGAUAUUUGGAGGAUGUUUGUUUCUUAUUUUGCCAGUUCACUUGUAUGAUAGGGAGCCGUCAUCAGCCUUUUCAUUGCUGGUUCAUCGAACCAACACUUUGCUUCUUGCUUCUUUCGUAUUUCUCUAUUUAUGGUUGCCUGCUACCUGUACUUUUGCUUUUACCUAGCUGGAAAGUAAAUUGAUUAUUUGAUUUAUGUUGUA